AACUCAAACAUUUAGCGAUGGCAGACACAGCAGUGAUCGAUACAUCACCUGCAGCGGCCACAGCAGAGCCGUCAGUCGAUACAACGCCGCAAGAUGGCGAAAGAGAAGAAAUAACACCAAAUGGAGAGAACGCUCUUGUCCAGCAACAAUCAGAAACCGCCGAAACAGGUAUCACAGACGCGAACAGCACACAGAAGAAAACGAAGAAGAUCAUUCGGCGGAAACGACGACCUGCACGGCCACAGGUUGACCCUGCGACGUUAAAGUCCGAGCCUCCCCCACAAACAGGAACGGUGUUCAACAUCUGGUACAAUAAGUGGUCUGGCGGCGAUCGCGAGGACAAGUAUCUUUCGAAAACUGCGGCCCCGUCACGAUGCAACAUCGCAAGAGAUAGUGGAUAUACGCGCGCAGAUAAAGUGCGGGGCUCUUAUUUCUGUUUGUUUUUUGCUCGGGGGAUAUGCCCCAAAGGCCAUGAAUGCGAAUAUCUCCACCGCCUCCCUACCCUGCACGACCUAUUCAACCCAAACGUCGACUGCUUUGGCCGCGACAAACACAGCGACUACCGCGACGAUAUGGGCGGUGUCGGCUCCUUCAUGCGCCAGAACCGCACCCUGUACGUCGGCCGCAUCCACGUAACCGACGAUAUUGAGGAAGUUGUCGCCCGACAUUUCGCAGAAUGGGGCCAAAUUGACCGGACGAGAGUGCUUACAUCGCGCGGCGUCGCUUUCGUUACGUACACCAACGAAGCGAAUGCACAGUUCGCCAAGGAAGCCAUGGCGCACCAGAGCUUGGAUCAUAACGAAAUCUUAAAUGUGCGGUGGGCGACCGUUGAUCCAAAUCCCUUGGCGCAGAAGAGGGAGGCAAGGAGGUUAGAGGAGCAGGCUGCUGAGGCUGUGAGGAGGGCGCUGCCAGCGGAGUUUGUGGCGGAGUUGGAGGGGAGGGAUCCCGAGGCGAAGAAGAGAAAGAGGAUUGAGGGGAGUUAUGGACUGCAGGGGUAUGAACCUCCAGAUGAGGUGUGGUUUGCGAGGGCGAAGGAACUUGAGGGUACGGGAAAUGAACAUGCGAAACUCGAGGCCCCUGAGCAGCCGCUCAUGAUUGAGAGUGGAAGUGCUUCAGCGCCUCAGAACCAAGUUGAAUCAAGUGGCGGUAUCUUUUCCAGCUCGGCCGUUGCUGCGUUAAGAGGACUGAAUGGUGGCAAUGUAACGACAAAACCAGCGCCGCAGGCUUCGGGCCCGUUGGUAGCUUAUGGAAGCGAUGAUGAGAGUGAUUAAUAUCUAUUAUCUUGCAUUAAUUCUUAUUUAUAUGUAUAAUCAA